AUGUUUAAAAGUAAACAACCUGCUCAACCACAAACACAACAAGGUGGUAAACAAAUGGCACAACAACAAAAACCUCAACAACCACAACAACAAUUAAAACCAAUUGUUUUAUCACAAAUUCCAAAUAUUUCAAGUAAAGUUUUAAAUUUAACAUCAAUUAGAGAUCAAAGUAAAUUGGAUUUAGGUGAUGCAAUUAGUACCCUUAAAGGUUCAAAAGCUAUUGUUAUGGAUCCAAAAUUAAUUGGUUUAUUAAAUUUAUUAGCUGAUCCAACAUUCUUACAGAAUUAUGGUGGUGAAAAAAGAUAUGAAUUAAAAGAAGGUAGAUUAGAUACAGAAUGCAAAAAUAUAGUUUAUAUUGUUAGACCUAAUAUUAAAUAUAUGUACUGGAUUACAGAACACGUUAGACAACAUCAAUCAGAAAAUUUAAGAAAAGAAUACUCAAUUGUAUUUGUACCAAGAGCAACUAUUUUAUGUUCAAGAGUUUUAGAGGAGGAAGGUGUUAUGGGUAAUUUUGUAAUUCAUGAAUUUCCAUUAGAUAUUGUUCCAUUUGAUGAGGAUGUUCUUUCAUUAGAGUUGUCAAAUUCAUAUAGGGAAUUAUUAUUGGAUGGUGAAAAAACAUCCUUAUUUUGGGUAGCAAAAUCAUUAAUGAAGCUUCAAGCAAUGUUUGGUACAAUUCCAAUUGUCAAAGGUAAAGGUCAAUGCUCACGUUUAGUAAUGGAUAUGAUCGUUCGUAUGAGAAAGGAAAUGAGUGAAGAGGUAACCGUACCACCAGAAAUCGAUUCACUCAUUCUUUUAGAUAGAGAGGUAGAUACUAUUACACCAAUGUGCACUCAAUUAACAUACGAAGGUUUAAUUGAUGAAACUUUUGGUAUCAAUAAUAAUGCUGUAUUUUUAGAUGAAGGUAUUGUAAAUCCAAAUCAAGGUCAACAACAGCAACCAAAUGCACCUCCUCCACCACCAACUGGCAAGAAAGUGCCUUUCCCAUUACAUUCAAAUGAUAAAGUUUAUAGUGAAAUUAGAGAUACCAACUUUUCAGUUUUAAGUGGUCUAUUAAAUAAGAAAGCCAAAGAUAUCGACGAAUAUUAUAAAAUGUUUAAAACUACUCAAUCAAUUAGUGCUAUUAGAGAUUAUAUGAAAAAACUUUCAAGUUAUCAAAUGGAACAUAAUUCACUUCGUAUCCAUACCUGUAUCACUGAAGAAAUUUUAGAGGUUACAAAAUCAAAUAGUUUUAUGAAGGGAAUCGAAGCAGAACAAAAUUUAUUAGCAGGCGUAAAUUUAGAAAAUGUAGAAAGUUAUAUAGAGGAUUGUAUCAAUAAAAAAGAAAUGAUCCACAAGGUUUUACGUUUACUUAUACUUUAUAGCGCAACCCAUAAUGGUAUCAAACCAAAGCAAUUAGACUUUUUUAAAAGAGAAAUUAUUCAAACUUAUGGUUUCGAACAUAAAAUCACUUUAGAUAAUUUAGAGUCAUUAAGAUUAAUUCGUAAAUCAGAUACUAGAGCAACUUUUCCAAAUAUUCGUAAAGAUUUACAUUUAAUUGUGGACGAUUUAAAUGAACAAAGCCCAAACGAUAUCGCUUAUACUUAUUCAGGUUAUGCUCCAUUACCAGGUGGCUGGAGACAUAUUGAGGAGGUCCUUAGACUUUUACCUGGUCCAACCUUUGAAGAAAUUCAACCUCUACCACAAGGUGCCACUUCAAAUGUUAAAAGUGAUCGUAAACCAAUCACUUUGGUUUAUUUUAUUGGUGGGGUAACUUUUUCCGAAAUUUCCGCUUUAAGAUUCCUUUCAAGACAAGAUCAAGCAAAUCCUUAUAAAUGGUAA